GUUCACAUCCAGAACGCCACACUGGCUGGGGGCGUUGCCGUGGGAAUGGCAGCAGAGUUCAUGCUAAUGCCUUAUGGGUCUCAGAUCGUAGGGUUCUGCUGUGGCAUCAUCUCCACCCUGGGCUAUAUCUACAUCACGGUAAUGUAGAAUAUGGAGUCACAUCAGUUUUAUUCAUGAGUUUUUGAUCUGCAACAUUUCACAAAAUGUGCUUACUGAAUGCAGUGAAGGCUAGUACAGUAGUGACAAGUAAGUUGCUUAUGACUAGGCAACUCCUAUUUGAUUAGUGGGCAUGUAGCUAGCUAUGUGUCUCUGUCCCCUCAGCCGUUCAUGGAGAAGUAUCUGAAGAUCCAUGACACGUGUGGCAUCCACAACCUCCACGCCAUGCCUGGGGUCAUAGGGGGCAUCGUGGGCGCCAUCACUGCUACAGCCGCCAGUGAAGUGGUCUAUGGCAAGGAGGGGUGAGUUCACACGUUACAACCGUAUGCCCAACCAAUGGCCUGUUAUUAUUUCAAUCUGCACCAGUUUUAGGCCUAAUUGGCAGCUUUAACGUGAUGAACUCAUCUAAUGUCAUUAUUAUGCACAUGCAGUAGUGGCACAGCAGCUGGGCAACAAGAAUACUGCGGCAAUAAAAAGAAAGUCUGCUCAGUUGUUGCCGCUUCCAAAUGUGAUAUUUUCCUUUGACUUACUGAUAUAGAGUAACAAUCUUGUUUUUAAAUAGGUUGAUAAACACGUUUGACUUUACGGGGGAAUGGAAAGACAUGGUGCCGACCCGGCAGGGAGGACACCAGGCAGCAGGGCUCUGU